GCAGCCGAAUUGGAGAAUAAGGGAAAAAGAGAUACUGAAGCAGGAUGAAAAAUGGUUCCAAUCGCAAUUGGGUGGGUUGAAGAUACAAAUUAUGCUGUAAAGAUCAUUAUGGUGUAACUAGACCAGUGAGCAGAAUUAGAUGGACACAGGAGUAGUGGUUUUGAGUCUGCAAUUAUUUUUCCUUUUGAAGCUGUGACAAAUAGGAACCGGUGUAUAGUUUUAGUUGAAAGGAAAAUGGAUAUGCUGAAGGAACUGUGGGUAGAUUGUCGAUGUGAAGGUAAUGAAGAUCAAGAAUAGAAUGCUGGUUGUGAUAUUUGGGCUGUUCAGUUUUGCCUGUGCCUUUGUGGUAACAACUAUGCUAGUAUCCUUGUUCAUUUCAUCACAUUAUCAAUCAAUUCAGAUACUGUACCUGAAUUUGACCAACCCCAAAAGAAUUAAGCAGAUAUAGGCCUAUAAGAUACUCAUAGGAAAUAAGGCUCUUCUUCAUGACUGAAGUGUCAGAUAUAAAAUAAAUUGGCUGUAAGUAUUUAGACAACUAUAUUUGUUUGGUUUCUUUUGUCAAUUUUAAUGAAUCAUUAAACAGAAUGCUUGCGAAUCAAGAGAACUUUUUGAUAACUAUGUUGGACAUCAUACGCACUCGGCGGCAUGAGGUUGGGAGAGCAGAAUGAUGUAUGGAAUGCAGCUGGCUAGAGAGUUCUUUCAGUUUCCAAGUCAAGUAAGAGGACUCUUCUACCUUUAAGUGUUGAAGAAGAUUAGGAGAGGAAAUGAGAUUUGGCUGGAAAAUUGUGCUUGGUGGCGUAAUUGGAGUCUUUGGUGCAGCAUGUGGGAGUGUGGGAGGUGUUGGCGGGGGUGGCAUCUUUGUUCCUAUGCUUACCUUGAUUGUUGGGUUUGAUGCGAAAUCAUCAACAGCUUUGUCAAAAUGUAUGAUAACAGGUGCAGCAGCUGCAACUGUUUACUACAAUUUAAAGUUAAGACAUCCCACACUUGAGCUGCCUAUCAUUGACUAUGAUCUAGCACUUCUAUUUCAACCAAUGUUGGUCCUAGGAAUUAGCCUGGGAGUUGCUCUCAACGUCAUUUUUGCAGACUGGGCAAUCACAAUUUUGCUAAUCAUUCUUUUCAUAGUGACAUCGAGCAAGGCAUUCUUCAAGGGUGUUGAAACAUGGAAACAAGAAACCAAAUUGAAAAAGGAGGCUGCUAGACACUUGGAAAUUGAUGAGGACACAACUGAAGAGAUGGAGGAAAAAUCUCCUCCCACGGGCUCCACCAUUGUUGCUCAAGCACAAUUCAGUGAGUCCAAAAGGGAGAAGGUCUCUAUUGGUGAGAAUGUUUGCUGGAAGGAACUUGGACUUCUUGUUGCUGUUUGGUCGAUAAUUCUUGCCUUGCAGAUUGGCAAGAAUUACUCAACAACUUGUUCAGUAACAUAUUGGGUAUUAAGCACAUUACAGAUCCCUGUAGCUGUUGGUGUAACUGGAUAUGAGGCAAUUAGCCUGUAUAAAGGCCAGCGAAAGAUUGCAUCCAGGGGAGAAGUCAGCACAAACUGGAAAAUCCACCAACUUGUUUCCUAUUCUGCCAUUGGUAUAUUGGCUGGUGUAGUUGGUGGGAUGCUUGGACUUGGUGGCGGGUUCAUUUUAGGUCCUCUAUUUCUGGAGAUGGGAAUCCCUCCUCAGGUGUCAAGUGCUACAGCUACAUUUAUUAUGGCUUUCUCUGCUUCCAUGUCCGUCAUCGAAUAUUAUCUUCUCAAACGUUUCCCUGUUCCUUAUGCUCUUUACCUUUUUGCUGUGGCUAUCAUUGCUGCAUUUGUGGGGCAACAUGUGGUAAGAAAGUUGAUUAGCUUACUGGGGAGAGCAUCCCUGAUAAUUUUCAUUCUAGCCUUCACAAUCUUUGCAAGUGCAAUAUCACUCGGUGGUGUUGGCAUAGCACGUGCAAUUAAAAAGAUCGAAAGGAAGGAGUACAUGGGAUUCGAGGACAUUUGUUCUUAUGAAGCUUAGUAUCUGUCUCUAUUUUCUACAUUUGAAGUCCUCCACAUUACGAUUGCUUCUAUAACUUCAGAUUCUUGGUUUAGCUAUUAUAUGUUACUUGCCUGAUGACUUGAAACAUUAAUCCCUUGACAUGACUGGAGCUUUAAUUCUAAAGGAGCUUCUUCUGUCCUACUUGUCUGAUGCGCCUCCUCCCACUUUGGAGCAAGAGGCUUGUGAAGCUGCAAGCACUCAUCGCGUUAUCUGUUGGAAACUUAAGAUUGAUUUUCUAGCUGAUUGGUUAGCGUCUCUGUUCUUGACUUGGUAAUAUUUUUGAAUGGAGGGUGGAACCUAAGAUCCUGCAUGCCUAACAUUGAAUAGUUUAAUGUAUAUGGCUCUUCGUUUAAUUUUUAAUAAUGUCCUCUUAAGCUCAUAUCCAAGUAACCAUGCUUGUUAUUUCCAAAGGGUUUGAUUAGCUUUCAAUUGUUUGAUAAAAUCAAGUUUAGAAUUAGAUACUCUUCAAUGGGAGCAGGCCAUCAUUUUGUUAUUAGAUACUCGUCAAUGGGAGCAUGCCAUCUUGGAUUGUAAAUUGUGAUUUGUUAUAGAAAUUAUUAUUAUUAUUAUUAUUAUUUUAUUUUGGUAA